UGAUGACAGCGAGCAGCAGCAGCCGCAGAGUGAGAGAGGAGACCUCAGACCGUGAAGUACAAUACAGUAAAGUCAUACAGCUUCCGGGGGAGGAGGUUGAUCAUGGAGGGAGACAGCACAGAGGACAUCGAGUCUCUCAUUGAGAACUUGGACUAUAUCCCUGGACACUUCCACCUGGAGCUCAACCUGAACUGUGAUCCCGCCGGGCCGUUGAAGCUGAGACUCAGGGACACUUACCUGAAACAGGAGAGCCUGCGAGGAGAGCUGGAGGCCGAGGCCGGGUGUCUUCAGUACGCCGUCAGAAAUCUGUUGGGUUUGCUGGCCUUUCACCUGGAACAGCUGGAAUCGGCAGAGGAAAUAUUCAGAAGCAUUUGUAAAGAAGACCCCGGUAACCUCAACGCCUGGGCCAACCUGGGCUACGUGUACGACAAGCUGAAGAGAGAGCUGGAUGCCGCGGAGUGCGUGGAGAAAGUGUCCCACCUCAUGGGAUUAGAUGCCGGAGAGGCCUCUCAGGAGGAGGCGCGGGUCCUGGCUGCUCGAUGCCUCGCUGAACAGGCCUACGUGUACCCCUACGAUGUGGAGCUGGACAGCGAGGAAGACCUGAGGGAGAGGCUGACGGCGGCGUUGACACUCUACAACAGAGCGCUGUACUAUGGAGGGAAUCUGAUACCAAUAGAGGAAAAACAAAGCUGGUAUUUUAAAAUGGCGACCAUCUACAUCAGACUUGACGACAUCGUAAAGACCGAAGACGACUCUGAGUACUCCAGACUCUCUCACUACAAUAAGGGCCUGAAACUCCUGAAAGAAUCCCUAGAAUCUGAGAAAACACAAAACAAGGGUCAACACGCUCUCGCCUGGUGUUAUGUUGGCCUCAUGCUGGAGAGGAAGGAAGAGUUCAGCACUGUUCCCAUGGCUAUACACGACUGUGGCUUCUCCGCCUCUGAUCCUCUGUCCUGCUAUGGAACUGCCAUAAAACUGGCCAGUGAUGAUGCAUUCACUCUGAACCUUCUGGCAAAGGUCUUCUUUCUGCUGGGCAAACAUGAAAUGUCCACAGGGAUCUGCAACAUGGCCUUGAACGUGCUCCCAGACCCAGAGCUCAACUGGCAGGCCUACUGCACACGAGCAAAGAUCAAUAUGAUGCUCUACAUCAGAGAUCUGGAGAUUGCCAAACAGGGCCAUGGUGGUAUCCCAGACCGACAGAAGCUAACUGAAGCCAGGAAAGACCUGGACAAGGUCCUGAAUGUGCGUCCAUGUCUGCGGACUCACCUGCAGAUGGCACAGGUGUAUUACUACAUGGGUGUAGACGCCCUCCAGGAGAGUCUUUUGGUGGAUGAAGGGGCGGUGAACUGUGCUCUGGUGAGUCUGUCUCACGCUCUCCAGUUCGAGCUGAGUGACAGCCUGCCGGACCUCCACUUGCUCCGAGGACGCUGCCUCCUGCUGAAGGGCGAGGAGCAGAACGCCGCAGACUGCUUCAAGCAGGCCAUGGAGCUGGACAGACCCGGGAGCAAGGACACCACGGCCCUGCGCUGCCUCCUGCAGGCCCUCCUCGCCCUGUUCAUGCAAGGAGGCCCGGACCCCACCCUCGCCACCACACAGCUGGAGCUGUGCGUGCAGAAAGCGGAGGAGAGGUACCCCGCGGACGUGGUGAAGGCCGAGCUGAGGUGCCUGUACAGGACUCACACGGACGAGGUGACGGAGUUGUCGCGGGCUCUGAUCAGGACGGGCAGACUGAGCCUGGUGAGGAGGCUGCUGGACACGGUGGUGCCCAAACAGCUGGUUAAAAAGAAGAGACCAAUAUCCAGAUCUUUUACAAUUGCAUAAAGCUAAAUAAGACUUUUACAGGAAACAGGUACAUGACGAAACCAGAGCAGAGUUAGUUAUUUAUCAGCAAAGUUACAGAUACAUUAUACUGAGCUGAAGCUUUCUUUACUGCAGCUCUGUGUGUUUUGAUGUUUUUGACACAUCUUUUGGAAGGAUUGGAUCUUCAUAGUAACCUGCAGUUACAGUGUUAAUGAACAAACUUAAAUAUCCUUUCAGCUUUUCUUUAUGAUGGAUAUUGACAGUGUAACAUUCUACAAUAAAAAUGAUAACCACCACUUA